AACUGAUUGUGAAUAGUUUGUAAUGAUGUUCCUCUCUGUCCCUCAGGUCUGUGGUGUUGGCUGACGGGCCGUGCAAACGGGGCUUGUGAAGGGAACCCACCGUGGUAAGUUGCACUGGAAUUUCUGAAAAUUAUCACGCUUCCACUAUUAACCCAGCCUCAUAAAAGGGGUCAGGAGUUUUCCCUGACCAUGUGACCUGACUAGGAAAACUCUGGGUCAUAGCCAAUAAGGACCUUUUCCUGGUCAGGUCAGUUGGUCAGGGGAAACUCCUUGCCCUACUCAUAUUCAUAAACAUCCUUCUUUAAAGGGUAGGAAGUUUUUACUCACCAAAGUAACAACAGUGUGGUCAAAUACUUAGUAACUUAGUUGUAGUCCCGAUCUGGUUACCUAUAACUACAAACAUAGUUAUGUUUUUUUUAAUAUACAGUACCAGUCAAAAGUUUAGACACACCUACUCAUUCAAGGGUUUUUCUUUAUUUUUACUAUUUUCUACAUUGUAGGAUAAUAGUGAAGACAUCAAAACUAUGAAAUAACACAUAUGGAAUCAUGUAGUAACCAAAAAAGUGUUAAACAAAUCAGAAUCUAUGUUAUAUUUGAGAAUCUUCAAAUAGCCACCCUUUGCCUUGAUGACAGCUUUGCAGCACACUCUUGGCAUUCUCUCAACCAAUGGUCUAAUGUCCAUUGCUCGUGUUUCUUGGCCCAAGCAGGUCUUUUCUUCUUAUUGGUGUCCUUUAGUAGUGGUUUCUUUGCAGCAAUUCGACCAUGAAGGCCUGAUUCACACAGUCCCCUCUGCACAGUUGAUGUUGAGAUGUCUGUGACUUGAACUUUGUGAAGCAUUUAUUUGGGCUGCAAUUUCUGAGGCUGGUAACUCUAAUGAAUGUAUCCUCUGCAGCAGAGGUAACUCUGGGUCUUCCAUUCCUGUGGCGGUCCUCAUGAGAGCCAGUUUCAUCAUAGCGCUUGAUGGUUUUUGCGACUGCAUUUGAAGAAACUUUCAAAGUUCUUGACAUUUUCCGUAUUGACUGUCAUUUCUCUUUGCUUAUUUGAGCUGUUCUUGCCAUAAUAUGGACUUGGUCUUUUACCAAAAAUGUCUAUCUUCUGUAUACCCCCACUACCUUGUCACAACACAACUGAUUGGCUCAAACGCAUUAAGAUGGAAAGAAAUUCCACAAAUUAACUUUUAAGAAGGCACAACUGUUAAUUCAAAUGCAUUCCAGGUGACUACCUCAUGAAGCUGGUUGAGAGAAUGCCAAGAGUGUGCAAAGCUGUCAUCAAGGCAAAGGGUGGCUAUUUGAAUAAUCUCUAAUAUAAAAUAUAUUUUGAUUUGUUUAACACUUUUUUGGUUAUUACAUGAUUCAAUAUGUGUUAUUUAAUAGUUGUGAUGUCUUCACUAUUAUUCUACAAUGUAAAAAAUAGUAAAAAUAAAGAAAAACCCUUGAAUGAGUAGGUGUGUCCAAACUUUUGACUGGUAGUGUAUAUAUAUUUUUAACUUAUUUUGGAUAUCUUCGGAACUACCCACAAUGCACUAUUUAUCAACGUCAUAUGGAGAACCGGUGCUACCUGGUGGUAUUUUCCACUGAAUUAAAUGAAAAUGCAUUGUUUCUUUAUGGUGUUCUUCCCCAGGUUGGCCGUAGUGUGUGGAUAGUCCUGCUAGCCCCCAGACAGCCCUGGCCAUGGGGCUGAUAGCGUACAUCAAGAGCCUGUUCAUCCUGCAGCUGCUGGUUGGCUUUGUGUUUGUGGUCAGCGGCCUCAUCAUCAACUUCAUCCAGCUGUGCACCUGCGUCCUAUGGCCCAUCGACAGGCAGCUCUACAGAAAGAUCAACACCCGCCUCUCCUACUCCCUCUGGAGCCGUGAGUCACACUCGAAGUCUUGAGUCAUGUGUUGUAUUUGUUUGUGUGUGAGGGGGGAUAGGCUCAGAGCUGCACAUUCUGUCUGUUGUCCCAAAACAAACCAGUCUUAAAUGCAGUGCAAACUCCACCCACAUGGUGUACUGGUUUUGGUGUUCCCCUCUAUCCCUCUCGUUGCUGUGUUGUGUACAUUCCUCUCUCAUGCGGUCUGUGUGCAGAGUUGCCAGUGAACAACAGGCACAAUGGAUUCUGGUCGUUGUAGUUCAUUACCACAAACUAGGUUGAAUAUUUGUCUAUUGAAAACUACAACGCCCUACAGCAUCCCACAGUUCGUUCUUGAUUUGAUGUCUCUCAUGCUUGAUAGGAUUUCUCUAGAGAAACGCACUUUGAGCUCACAAAUAAAACGAACUAAUUGGAAUUCAAGUAAUUGAACCAACUUCGGUCAAUUUGUUGUUUAAUAAUCAGAAAACAUAAAAAUAAUUUGGUUAAUCGUUGAUAGUGUGCUUGAUAAUCAUGAGCAGACUUGGGAUUGACUGGUUGAUGCGCAGAUAGUGCUCUGCGGCUGGACCAUGUGUGAACGCUACGGCGUUCAUGGAGUGAGUAUCUUUGUGUGUGUGUAGUGGUCGCAAAGCCUGUAUCAAAGGAAGCCGAUUCAUUGAGCCUCCUUAUUGGCUACACCCACAGGGUAUUAUUUUCAUUAGGAAGACGAUAGCUUGUUUGCUAGCAUAGGCACGUAACUUGAGAGCUAAACAUAAACUGUUGUUGACUGAGUUUACACUGAAGUGAUUUUUACAGGUUCAAAGUUUGUGUCGGAAUUGAGAAUGGUGUAGUGUAGUUCAUUGCAACGGUUCGUUGUGACUGGGUCGUUGUGACUGUGUGUAAAAGGUUUGGGGUCAAUUUCAUUUCAAUUCAGGAAGUAAACUCAACAACAACCAAAAAUUGUAAGAAAAAAUUGAAUUGAAAUGUUAGUUUACUCUUAAGAAUUGACUGUAUUGAAAUGGAAUUGACACCAGUUUGAUGUGACUGGGUGGUUCAUUGUAACGGAGUUGACACUGGUUCGUUGUCUUAACUCUGCUGGCCCUCGCUGUCCUAUAGAGCUGGUAAUGCUGCUGGAGUGGUGGUCGGGCACAGAAUGCACCAUAUUCACAGACCAGGCCACGGUGGACAAGUUUGGCAAGGAGCAUGUCAUCAUCAUCCUCAACCACAACUACGAGAUCGACUUCCUCUGCGGCUGGACCAUGUGUGAACGCUACGGCGUGCUUGGAGUGAGUACCUGUGUGUGUGUGUGUGUGUGUGAGAGAUAGAGAGAGGGAAUGAGUGAAGGCUGCCUAUAAUUACUGUUUAUGAAAAUAUUAUGUUUGGUAGGUUGGCUGAAUGAUCUCGUUUCGUCUUGUCUUCUCUCAGGCUUCAAAGGUCUUGGCCAAGUAUGAACUGCUGAAGGUGCCUCUGAUUGGCUGGACCUGGUACUUCCUGGAGAUCGUCUUCUGUAAGAGGAAGUGGGAGGAGGACAGAGACACCGUGUUCAAAGGCCUGACCCAGCUAAAGGAUUACCCUGAGUUUAUGUGGGUGAGUAGGACGACAAACAGACAACACAAUGACCUUUGCCCCUCUCCCUCUGACCGUCCGCACGUCUCUGUAUGGAUUUGUACCCUGGGUCGUCUUCAUUAGGCAUCAAACAGAUGAAAAACGGACUGAAACAGGGAGGGACCACCUGGACGUAUCCAAUAAGAAACGCACAUUUCUGUUUACCGUUGCAUAAUGUUUUCCACUGAGUGGACACGCCCCAGAGUUGUCGGUGGGUACGUGCACACAAUUUAAGCCAGUAAUCUGACAAACUCUCAUGGGGGAAAAUGCAAGGGAAGAGAGGGUCUGAGGGGAGGAAUCAAAUAAAUACAACUGAGAUUCUGUGUGUGUGUUGUUUGUGCAUGUGUAUUUGUUACUGCAGACAGUGUUGCCAGAAAGGCACAUCAGGGUGUGUCUGAGGUAGUUCACCUCUGUUGGCGUUCCUACCUUCUGUAGUUUCCACUGGGACACAUAGGGAUUACAAGGUCAUGAGCUUAAGUGUGUUGUGUUUACCGCUCCAAAGACAACAGGGUCACCUCCAAAGACAGCAACAGUGCGUGUGUGUUGACUUGUCUCUCUCUCUCUCUCCAUCUUUCUUCAGUUCCUCUUGUACUGUGAAGGCACCCGUUUCACACCGAAGAAGCAUGAGAUCAGUAUGGAGGUAGCAGAGAGUAAAGGUCUACCAAAACUCAAAUACCAUCUGCUGCCCAGAACCAAAGGCUUCACCACAACACUGAGCUGUCUCAAGGGCACAGGUAGGACACACACACACACAAGCACCUUCACACACACAUUUGCAGCACACUCAUUAUCGAACUCUUUCCUUUCUCAGUAUCUGCUGUGUACGACGUGACACUAAAUUUCAGAGACAAGAAGGUCCCAACGCUGCUGGGAAUCGUCAGUGGAAAGAAGUACAUGGCAGAUAUGAAUAUCAAGUAGGUGGCGCCUGUCUCUCUCCCACAAACAAAGGCAGUGCACUGGUGACUUACUGUAUCACCAAUACAGUGACUUGCUGCCCUUUAGUAGCAUUGUACUGAACUGACAGUUCCUCUCCUUCCUGUAUAGGCGGUACCCAGUGGAGGAAAUCCCAGAGGACGAGAAGGAGUGUGCAACCUGGCUUCACGAGCUCUACCAGCGGAAGGUACUGGGAACUCAACUUUCCAAGUCAAUGACUCUCUCCACUAAUAUAAUAUUGACAACAUUCUCUCUUUCUUUCCUUUUCUCUCUGUAGGAUGCACUGCAGGAGCACUACGAGAAGGAGGGCAGUUUCCCCGGUCCCACCAUCAAGCCCCCCCGUCGGCUGUGGACGCUGCUCAACUUCCUCUUCUGGGCCACAUUGCUUCUCACCCCCCUCCUCAACUUCGCCUGUGGGGUGUUUGUCAGCGGCUCUCCCCUCCUCAUCGUCGGCUUCUUGAUCUUCUGCAUCAUCGGUGCGGAUGCCACCCAUUUAGCCUGCGCUAAACCUACUGCUUUUUCCAAGUGCCUUAUGUUGUUAGGACCUGCCUAUACCAUAUCAUCUCAUUUUGACUCAUUAUUGGGUGGUUUCCCGAACACAGAAUAAACCUAGUCCUAGACUAAAAAGCUAUUUAAAUAGAGAUUCUCCAUUAAGCAUGCGUUUUAGUCCAGGACUAGGCUUAAUCCGCUCUAAAUGUAUAGUUUUAUAAAGUAGGGCUCUAGACUUCCUUUUUCCACUGGUGGGACUGGUGCUACCAACUUUUUCAGUUGAUGGCACCAGCACAAGAUUUGGUCGCAACAAUUUUUUCGCCACUGUGCGCCGAUUAAUGACCAUACAGAACAAGGCUGAUAAUGACUAGCCAUCUUUAAAAUGAUGUCCGCGCCCCGCGGAAAUCAAAUGAGCAUGAAAAAAAUCUGUUGUUUUUGCAUGGGCUGCUCAAUCCACCGCAUCAGUCGGCCUUCCGCAUUUGCGGUGGAAGGUGGCAGAGCUACAGCUGUGUUUGUCAGACCAGGAGACUUCCUGAAAAUCGGUCUUCUCAUGAAAACGUUUGUAGUGUCGGAACGGUUUGAGGUACAAACUAAUAUGACCCCUCUAUGGAAGGAUAAGACUCUCACGAACACAAACAUCUAGGAUUCCCACAAGCCUCACAAGACUCGUCUGAAGGUAGACUGAUACGAGUUUAAAAAAUGAAUGGAAAUGCAGUGCAUUCGGAAAGUAUUCAGACCCCUUCACUUUUCCACAUUUUGUUACGUUACAGCCUUAUUCUAAAAUUGAUUAAAUCGUUUUUUUCCCUCCAAUCUACACACGAAAAUAGGUUUAGAAGUGUUUGCACAUGUAUUAAAAACAGAAAUACCUUAUUUACAUAAGUAUUCAGACCCUAUGAGACUUGAAGUUGAGCUCCGGUGCAUCCUGUUUCCAUUGAUCAUCCUUGAGAUGUUUCUACAACUUGAUUGGAGUCCACCUGUGGUAAAUUCAAUUGAUUGGACAUGAUUUGGAAAGGCGCACAACUGUCUAUAUAGGGUCCCACAGGCCAAUAUCAUCCCUGCGGUGAAGCAUGGUGGUGGCAGCAUCAUGCUGUGGGAAUGUUUUCAGCGGCAGGGACUGGGAGAAUAGUCAGGAUCGAGGGAAAGAUGAACGGAACAAAGUACAGAGAGAUCCUUGAUGAAAACCUGCUCCAGAGUGCUCAGGACCUCAGACUGGGGCGAAGGUUCACCUUCCAACAAGACAAUGACCCUAAGCACACAGCCAAGAUGACGCAUGAGUGGCUUCGGGAAAAGUCUCAAUGUCCUUGAGUGGCCCAGCCAGAACCCGGACUUGAACCCGAUCGAACAUCUCUCGAGAGACCUGAAAAUAGCUGUGCAGCGACGCUCCACAUCCAACUUGACAGAGCUUGAGAGGAUCUGCAGAGAAGAAUGGGAGAAACUCCCCAAAUACAGGUGUGCCAAGCUUGUAGCGUCAUACCCAAGAAGACUCAAGGCUAUAAUCGCUGCCAAAGGUGCUUCAACAAAGUACUGAGUAAAGGGUCUGAAUACUUAUGUAAAUGUGAUAUUUCAGGUUUUUUGCAAAAAAAAUUUAAACCAGUUUUUUCAUUGUCAUUAUGGGGUAUUGUGUGUAGAUUGAGGGGGGAAAAAAACAAUUUGAUCAAUUUUAGAAUAAGGCUGUAACGUAACAAAAUUUGGAAAAAGUGAGGGGGUCUGAAUACUUUCCGAAUGCACUGUAUAUAUGGAAGUACUUUUGUGCCAAAGAAAGGGGUUAAAUACGGGUAAAAAUAUAUAAUUAGAACUUUCUUAUAUUUCUUAGAUAUAGGACAGACACUUCAAAACAUACCUCCUUUUGAUUUCUUUUUUGACUGUUUUGCCAUGUAUGAAUAUGUUAUUCAAUGCGUUAAUAUGGGCUAAUAGCAGUAAGACCAAAUUCAAUGUUUCAAAAAACAUUGAAUAUAUUUUUUAUACUGACAGGGGUCCUAAAAUUCCAAAUCAAAUAGCAAAAUGAUCCUUGGUAUGACCAUCUUAAAACAAUUCCAUAUGUUAGCUUAAUAGAAACCCAGCCCUAGGCCCUUUGACCUUAGGGGUUUUUAACUUGACUCAUAUUUACAUUGAUUGUUUUCAGAGGAAAAAAUCAAACCUUUGCACAAUCUAAAAAAAAGGUGCUAUUGUUAGCGAUUUUGAACAGUCACUCUACAGUUGUAGGGCCCUAUAAAAUCAGUUUUAUCUUUUGGUAAAUUUGUGUUUGGCUACAUGUGAUGGCAGAGUUUGCUAAACAAAUGCCCAGCGAUUGAUAUAAAUCAUAUUCUGCCAGGUAGGCCUACUUUGCAGUCAAAAUUUAAUUGGGAAUGUUUUUUGGGAAAGCCUUUAGAAAUGUUAAUUCAAACAGCGCAUGAUGACUGAAUUGAAGGUCGCAAUGUGAGUGUUUUGGUUGCAGUGUUGAGCCCUGUAUAGUAUGUAAUGUGAUUGCCUACUCCUGUAUCUGCACUUUGUUAAUUUGUAUUAUACGUCUGUUUUUUGUCUUCUGCUUUCUUUCUACUAUUAUUGACCAAUCUGUCUGCUCUCUCCACAGCCUCCAUAGCAGUGCGCCGCCUGAUCAGUGUAUCUGAGGUGAACAAAACCGGCUCUACUUAUGGCAAAAUGGAGGGCAAGAAGGAGAACUAGAACUCUUUAUGGCAGUCACGUUACGGUCCCUCUACGGUCAACGCUCGGUGUCUGAGCGGUCGUUGCGGUCCCCGCACAGACAGACCCUGUGCAGCCACCCUCCUUUAAAAAUAAGUAAAAACACAGCCGGAGGGUGGGGGGGGGGGGAUAUAACUGAAUAGACUUUCUAGAUGUAAGCUAAAAUAUUAAUUAUGAUGAUUGUGAUACGGAAAACAAAAUUUAAAAUGGAACUGUUGCAGUUGACUCCCUCUGAAUGCAUCCUUCCAGUGAGAGGGGGGUGACAGACAGCAGGACUGAAUGGUAGAUACCAGGGGGUGUAGCUCUUUAGCACCAAACGCUUCCUGCACCCCAGCUCGAGGCCCCCCAUGGGUGUCUGUCUCCUCCGCACAGCCUUGUUGGUUCACCUCAUCCACAUGCUCCAGAACUCUCCUGUUGUAGCAGUACCACUUUCUCCAACAUGCACACCACUUCCUGCCACAGCAGCCCACCCUAAAGAAGUUCUCUCCACCUAUCAAAUAUGCUAAUUUUCUGCUUUAGUAUCUCUGACUGGGCCAGCCCACACCAGUCAUACGUCCCUCUGUAGUUUCAGCAAGGUGCUCUACUGUCUGGAGAAGACUGAGAUUCCCAGCAUGCUUUAGCUCCCCACCCUUCCCCUCCAUGAGGGUUGGGUGUGGAGGUGAAGGAAUCUUAACACCUCUGAGCACAUCCUGUUAUUUGUUUGUCCAUCUCCUCAUGAAACUUGAGCUGAAUCCUGACACAAACGAGAUUGAGCAUGCUGCUACUCCCCCCGUCCCUCCCAGAAAAGCACAGAUGUGACGGCCAACCUCGCACCACUAAAAUGCAGUAUUUAAUGUUAAUUUAAUGACAGGUUUGGGCCGGAGUUGAUUUCUGAAUUGCUUGUAGAUCCCAUAAAUACUGGUUGUUAAAAACAAUAAAAAAUGAAUCGUUUGGUUGCCAAUGAAUAUACAAAAGUGAUUGAAUGAUGGGAUUUCCAAUGUCAAGAUGUAAUCCUCACUUUUUUCUGUGUGACAUAAUAAAUGUAUUUCCCUACA